UGCAAAUGUACCGGGUGCAUAUGUCCGUGGGUGCAAAUGUACAUUUGUUCAAAUGUCCGUGGGUGCGAAAGUUCAUGGGUGCAAAUGUCUUUGGGCGAAAAUGUACGUGGGUGCAAAUGCACGUGGGUGGAAAUGUUCAUGAGUGCAAAUAUUCAUGGGUGCGAAUGUCCAUGAGAGCAAAUGUUCAUAGGUGCAAUCUGUAUGUGGGUGCAAAAAUCUGCGGGUGCAAAUGUAUUGAUGUAAUUGUUCAUGGGUGCAAAUGUCCGUGGAUGCAAAAAUAUUUAGAUGCAAUUGACCUGAGUGCAAAUGUACAUAGGUUCAAAGAUAAUGGAACCCUAUAUAUAUAUCAAUCUAUCGUUUAACAUAACUUUGCCAGUUAUUAAAUACUUUUUUGUCAGGUACCGUCACAUUGGCAGGAAAUGCGUUCGUGAUUAUUUUCUCUAUAAUCAAGUUAUUCAAGAUGAAGAAAGAUAAAAAGAAUGCUAUGAUCAACAAAAUCUUGAUUUGGAAUCUGUCAGCGUCUGAUUUUCUCGUUGGCGUAUACACAAUGACCAUAUGCGUAAAGAGUGUAACAAUGCAAGGUAAGUACUGCAAAGAAGAUGUAGAAUGGAGAAGUGGAAUUACCUGUUCUGCUAUUGGAGCUUUGCUUAUGAUUGGAACAGAGUCUUCAGUUUUUACUCUCACAAUCAUUACAGGAUUUAGAGUAUAUACUCUUCUGAGACCAUUUGUUGAAGUUAGACUCAGAACAAUUCGUCAUAUUAUCGUAUUGUCAUGGACUCUUGCUAUUGCAAUUGCCGUGAUUCCGUUGUUGCCAGUUACUGAAGACUACUUUGUGGACAAUGUAUGGUUGAGUCAAAAUCCAUUUUUUUCAAUAAUCAACAAAAACGAAAUAAAGGGAUUAAAUCAAUGGAUUUCAACAAUACAAACUGAAAAUAAUGAUACAUUAACAUUAAGUGACUCAUGGUCAGCAUUGGAAACUAUGCUCAAAAGACUAAAUCCUAAAUUCAAUAUUGACCAAAAGUUUGGAUAUUACUCAACUCAUACCGUUUGUCUCCCAACAGUAUUUCCGAAUCCAAUGAAAGAUAUGGCAUGGGGUUAUUCACUAAUCUUUCUCAUCUUCAAUUUCUUGGCCUUUUUUGUGAUUUCAGUUGGAUAUUUUGUGAUAUAUAAGAAUUCAACUCGAGAAAAUAAAGCAUUGACCAACCAACAGUUAAAGGAAAGGGCAAAAUCCAUGCAGAAAAAAGUUACCGUGAUCAUCAUAACAGAUUUGUUGUGUUGGAUGCCAAUUUGUAUCAUGGGAUUUCUACAAGUUGCUGGUAACUAUAUCGCGAGAAAACUCAAUUGUGGCCAUGUACUGCAUAGAUAUACCAAACGACGCUUAUCUUCCUGUUGGGCUGAUUAUCAUACCAAUAAACAGCAUGAUAAAUCCUAUGUUGUAUUACGCUCUUCCCAAACCUAUCAAAUAUAUUUUGGCUUGGUUCAGAAAAAGGGUUCAUGCAAAAAACAAACAUGCAGCCGAAACCCCACAAAAGAAAAUUGACAAAAAUGGAGAACAACAUGAAAACUGAACAAGUAUAAUUAUGCAUCUUGGCAAAAAAGCACUUCUAAAUAGAUUUAAAAACUUGGACAACCUUGUUACGUGGGCUACAAAUGAAAAGUGAAAUUGACAAUUUUAUUCUUCGAACAUGAAAUAUUUAGCGACACAGUUUUGGUAUUGAAAUUUUGUUGCUUCCGUAGUAUGUGUACCAGAUUAGUGUUAGGCCAGAUUUUUUUUUCGGAUUUCCUCAUUUUAGUUCUACAGUUUUACGAGUUUAGGGACUGACUGUGUUAGCCAAGUGGAUAUACCCAUAGGUUGCCGUCCCUCUACCCAACUUGAUGUAAAGUAGACGAACAAAAUCAGUUAUCUCCAUUUUGGUACACAUACUUCUGGAGCGCCGAAAUUUUCCUUCUUAGGAUAUUGUUCAAAAUUUGAGGAGUAAAGUUCAAAUGGUAUUGAAUUUCGACUUUUGUGAACAAUUACUCUCUAUCGUUUGAAAAUACAAAGCAACAUACUAAUAUUUGAUAUUUGUCAGUAAUUUUAUUAUAAAUAUUAAGUUGAAAAUGUUCUGCAAUUAAUCGAUGAAAUCUCACUUUUCGGGACAAAAUGUAGAAUUCUUUCCAAUUCUAAAUAGAUGAAAGUUUGCUUUGUAUGUUUCUAUAUUAACUCAACAUAUAUUAUUCAGUUUGCCCAAAUGUAAAUUUUUUUGUUAUCUAAUUAUUUUCGUCAUUAUGUCGUCAUCUAAAUUUCGAAAACAUUUGCACGAUGAUGAUUGCGGCCAUGGUUCAAUAAAAACCCUUGCAAUCAGAAUCUGUCUUUCAGAGAAGUGUACAACAUUCAACGAAAGUUUGACUAUGGGAUUAAAUUGCAGUUUAAUUUGCGUUGUUAUUUUGUUGUUGAGUUCUAUUUUGCCAUGUGUCUCCUGUUUUUAUUUGAUAUGUCAUAGUUACUUCUAUCGCAACCUUCUAUUUCAAAAUUGGAGAACUGAUUCAGGUUGUCAGCUUUCUCUCCGAGUUAAUUCGAUAUAAUUCAUCUUUCUUUGACUUAGUAUUUGAUGUUAUAAAUCAUGUUGGAUUACGAGUCCUAAAAUUUAAAACUAUUAUGAUAAAAUAUUGUGAAACCAUCAAGAGCAACAUCUAAAUUAGCGUCGGCGAUCACCCAAUGGAAUAAUCACAAAACUAAUUACUGAAGCAAGACAUCUCGUAACUCAAUUUCAAUUUCUCGGCCUCUUUUACGAUUGUCUAUGUUGAAAUUUUUACCCCAUCGAGAAUAACCCCAUUUGUUAGUGUUCACUUAGAUCUUCGCUGUCGAAUAUUUAAACGUAACAACAAAUUCUUGAUCUAUCAAUUUUAAUAUUUUACUGUCGGCGAGUACAUAUUAUUAAAUGUUACCGUUACCACGCAUAAAAGGUUGACAACCACUGCUGCUAUUGACCAUUGAUUUUCAAUCUACUACAACAUGACAUGUAGAAAUAUAAAACCUUUCGACAUUUUCCAGUUUAUUCUACAAUCCGCUUAUAGCAUUUCAUAUGAAAAUUUGCGGUUAGUUGUCGAGCAAACUGGCGACAAAGUUUUAAACGAACCAAUGCAUUGCAAACUUCGAAUUUGUCCAAUUGUCGGCUUUUUUAAUGCUUAUUAUAUUGCGCAUUUACAGUUUCUUGAGAAAUUUGUAAAUCAUCGUUGACGUGUUUCUACGGCCUAACACUACCAAUAUGUUACUGCCCAGAAAUCGUGAUCCGUUCCUCAUUUCAAUCAAUACCAAGUUUUUUGUCAAGUGUCUUUGUAUUUUUCUUCACAUUUUGCAACAAUGUAUUGUGUUUCUUUGAAAAUAUCUUCUAAUUGUAAAUACUGAAGAACUGUAAAAUAAAAUAAAGUGUACAUUAGA